AUGGCUCUUGACGAGAAAGCGGGCAGUGAUGUGCCCCAAGACACGCAGACCACAGCGUCUCAUGUCGACUCCCCUGCACAAACAGCCACCGCAGAGAAGAACGAUGUAAAAGACCUCGAUACUAAAUCUGCCAUUGAGAAAGAACUGGCCUUGGUGGAGGAGGGCUAUCUCAAGAAUGUUGGGCACCUUCCCAGCGCAGAGGAGCAGAUCGACGCUCUGGGCAUUCCCAAUUGGCGCGAGCUGGAGAAGAAGAUCGUCAGACGUCUGGACAUGACUCUCAUGCCCUGUGUGUGGUGUCUUUACUUCUUCAACUACCUCGACAGAGCAUCCAUCGGACAUGCGAGGUUGAGUUCUUUUGACGCGGACCUGAAUCUUACAGGAUCCAACUUUUCAUCCGCUGUUUCCAUUCUCUCUCUCGGUUAUGUCCUUGGCCAGCUCCCCAGUAACAUGCUGAUCACCAAAGUCCGACCCAGUCUUUACCUUUGUCUCAUGGCUAUUGUCUGGUCUGGUGUUAGCGUUGCCACCGUUGGUGUAACGUCUUACUCGGGACUGAUGGGUGUGCGAUUCGCACUUGGUCUCGUUGAAGCGCCUCUUCUCCCUGGAGCCAUCUAUCUUCUCGGCUGCUGGUAUACUAGAAAAGAAGUUGCUUUUCGCAUGGCCAUUCUAUACUCUGCGCAAACAAUUGCAUUCUGCUCUGCUGGUCUUAUCGCCGCAGCUAUCUACGCUACCUUGGAGACCGUUCACGGUCUUGCUGGCUGGCAGUGGCUCUUCAUCAUUCUCGCUACCGCUGGCGCUGGCUCUGCCAUGAUCUGCAUCUGGUUCAUCCCUGACUACCCCGACUCGACGACCGGUAGUGCUAUGUGGACCAUGACCGAGGAUAUGCGCAAGGUAGCUUUCGCACGUGUGGCUGCUGAUCGACCCUCUACCUCGGAGGCCAAGACUGGCGCUUGGGAGGGAUUGAAGCUCAGUGUUCGCGAUCCUAAGCUUUACAUCCUGACUCUCAUGAACAUUACCAUCUCUGCCGCCUAUGGAUUCUCCAACUUUUACCCCUCAAUUGUUCGCGGUCUAGCUGCAGACUGGGGUUACAGUCCCGUCAUCGCCCUUGUGCUUACCGCACCACCAUACAUCUUUGCUGCCAUUGGAUCUUACGUCAAUGCAUGGCACUCUGACAAGGUCAAGGAGCGUGGUCUGCAUUAUGCCAUUCCAGUUGCGGUUGCUUGCUGUGGCUUCAUUGUCUGUUUGGCAACUACCAAUGCCCAAGCUCGUUACGGCGCCUCCUUCAUCUAUGUCGGCGGCAUGUACAUUGCGAACCCUCUCAUCAUGGGAUAUGUCACUGGCGCGCUUGCAAAGACUCCUGAAAAGCGAGCUGUAUCCGUUGCCCUGUGCAAUCUGUUGUCGCAAAUCGGAAACUUCACUGCUCCUUUUAUGUUCGUCACUAAAGAAGAGCCUCGCUACAUCAGCGCUUUCAUUGGUAUGAUGGCCUUCGGCCUGGCAUCUAGUGCCUGCGCUAUCAUCAUGAAGGUCUGGCUCCUUCGUUCUAACAAGCGUCUCCUACGUGAGGCACAGCGUAAUGGCACAGUCUAUCAGCCAUACGUGUCAUAA